AUAACUUCCAGGCGUGGAUGUUUUGGCAUGUUACCUAUCCACCUGGCGGCUCUGAAUGGUUUCACAGACUGCUGCAGGAAGCUGAUGACGUGUGCCGAGGGGUUUCAAGUAGACACCAUUGAUGACUAUGGCCGCACGUCUCUCCACGCAGCAGCCUGUGGGGGUAAUAUAGAGUGUGUUGACCUGUUCCUGGCCGCAGGGUCAGACUUUGCCCGUGUGGACGCAGAAGAGAGAACACCGCUGCACUACGCGGCGGCCAACUGUCACUACCAAGUGGUGCUGGCGCUCAUUGCGGCCAGGGCGAACAUCAACCGCCAAGACGCCCGUGGCUGUACAGCACUACAUUAUGCUGCAGCGGCUGACAGCGAUGCGAAAGUUGUGGAACACUUGUUGAGGAGUGGCGCCAAGGCUAACAUCACUGAUGCUGAUGGCUACACCGCUGUGCAUUAUGCUGCAGUGAACGGAAACAAACUGGCGCUGGAGAUGCUAUUGGAUGCUACUGCCUCGGAAUCUUUGAACAGAACUGCCACCCUGCCUCCCAACACACCACUGCAUUUAGCUGCUUUUAAUGGUCACGAUGAAGCUCUAGCAGUUUUGGUCAAUAACUUCAUGAACUUGGAUGUCAAGGAGAAAAAAGGUCGCACUCCCCUUGACCUUGCUGCUUUCAAAGGUCAUGCCGAAUGCUGCGAGAUUCUGAUUUUACAAGGUGCCAACAUCAUGGUGCAGGAUGAUGAGAGUAAGAGAACCCCAGUCCAUGCUGCUGCUUACAAUGGUCACACUGAGUGUUUGAGAACUUUACUCCAGAAUGCAGAUCACAAGGAAAUAGUGGACUGCACAGAUGAACAAGAAAGGACCCCACUGAUGGUGGCUGUAUCUAAUGGUCACGUAGACUGUGUUCUACUCCUGCUCAGUCAGGGUGCUAACAUCCACAGCACUGAUAUCUUUGGAAGGACGGCUCUACACAGAGGGGCGGCUUCAGGUCACGAGGAGUGUGCAGAUGCUCUGUUACAUCACGGUGCUGAGGUGAACAGCCGGGACUGUCAUGGACGCACACCACUCCACCUAGCGGCAGCUUGUGGUCAUGUGGGAAUGCUGGGAGCUCUGAUGGAGUCUGGCUCCCCUCCUGAGAAUUUACUGGAUAAUAAAGGCUACAGUCCACUGCAUUGGGCCUGUUAUAAUGGUCAUGACAGUUGUGUAGAACUACUUAUGGAGCUGAAACAACUGAAAGAAUUCAAUGGCAACCAGUAUACACCUCUGCACUGUGCUGUAGGUAAUGGUCACGACACUUGUACAGAACUAUUACUGGAGACAUUGGGAGAGGCCGUCAUUGGUAAACAAGAUGGCAAAGGAAGGACUGCGCUACAUGCAGGUGCCUUUGGUGACCAUUGCGACUGCGUACAGAUGUUAUUGGCUGCAGGCAGCGAUAUUAACAAAAUGGACGCCCUGGGUCGGACACCCCUCAUGUUUGCCGCUAUGAACGGCCAGAGCUCUGUAGUUGAGAUGCUGCUAGAUAACCGAGCUGAUGUUACUUUGGUAGAUGAUGACAAAAACACUGCCCUCCACCAUGCCUGUAUACACCGCCAUACACCAGAUGCCCUGCUAAUUCUGGAUAAGUUGGAUGAUUCUGACGAUGUCCUCAACUUUGCCAAUAAUGAACAGAAAACGUGUCUCCACAUAGCUGGCCGCCAUGGUAUGGUGCCGGUGGUACAGACGCUGAUCAGUAAAGGUGCCAGUGUGCUUGCUGUGGAUGAGAACGGCUACACCCCAGCCCUGUCUUGUGCCCCCAAUCCACAAGUAGCAGACUGCCUGGCCAUCAUCUUGGCUCAGAUGUUACCUUUCACCCCUGGAACCACCAUGAGGUCAGGACGUCUGGACAUUACCAGCUCCCCAGGUGGCUCGAGGAAUCUGGACACCAGUGACCAGGGCUCAGUGGGUCGUAAUCUGCAGGACACACGGGAACUCUCCGGGUCUGUACAGAGCUCCGACUCCGAGUUUUAUUAAUGAGGUGGACAUAGGUGACCAUAGAUGGACAUUGGUGACCACCCAUGGACAUUGAUCAGUAUAGAUGACCGCAGGUGGCCGAAGGACAUCAGUGUCCACAAGUGACCAUUGGUGGAAGAGUAUGACCACUUUACAGAAGCUGAAGAAUUCCAUACAUGCUUGCACCAGACUUUGACCAGAAAGUUUUUAAUGAGGUGAACUUAUAUUAUAAACACUGAUGAUUUGUACAUUUUAAGUCAGCAUAGAGGGCUCCAAUUCUGUUACAGAGGUGUAAAUUUUUAUUUAUAAAUGGACUGCACUCUUUAUAAUAUCAGGUGUUAAGGUGUUGUUAACUGAAGGUCAACUUGAUAUGCUAAGACAAGGAUUGCGAAACUGUAGAAGUCGAUUGAAAUGAAUUCCCAUCAAUGAGAAUGAAGUUCCGUGACUCUGAUGGUAAUGCCCAGAUUAGACCAUAACCUCUUGCUGAGGAAUCCAUUGUUUGGUCAGGAUGGUUUUGUCUGAUUACAUAUCAAAGUAGUGUGUUUUUGAGAGCAGAGAUUUGUAGCAAGCUAUCAGAGUGUAAUUAAUAACCUGUGAUUCUGGUCACAAUGAGAACAUUGGACAAAUAUAGGUAAUAAUUGUGAUGGUUAAGAUGUACGGUUUUAGAGCUUGGACCUUGAUAAGUCAUGGUGCAACUUUUCACCAACAUUCCAGAAUCAUAAAGGUUAUAAGCAAAGUGUGGGUUUUACUAAUUUUAAAGCUGAGAUCAUUUUUCAGAGCUAAGAUGAUUGUUAUAACUUCCUGUCAGUGACAGUAGAAUCAGUUAUUCAAAAGAUUAGAGUUACAGAGGGGAGAAUAUAGUAAUUCCAAUCUAAAUGCCAACUUUUCUCCAUUUGUUAAGAGUAUGUGAUACCGAUAGAUAUGGAAUUGAGCAUCUUAGUGUAUUUUAACUCCAGAUUUUAAUUUUAAAAAUCUGUGUUCGGAAGCCUGGAGUAUGCAGCACUGCAGUAGACAAGAGUGUGACUUAUCUUAGUCUGUGUAUAGUGAGUCUGAGACUCUUACGGACUAAAACUAUUAGCACUAGUAGGGACAAGAAGGGAUAUUAUAUUAUAUUGAAUUAUACAGCAACUAAUUGUCACAAAUUGUAGCAUAAUAUACUAUUAUUAACCAAUUUCCUUCACUUUAGACACAUUUAUAUACAGUACAUAUAGUUUUAAUUGUCACAUAAAGCAUAAGCAAGCAGUGUACUUUUGCAUAGUGGCUUACUAUCGAUAAGUUUUAAGUUUUAAACACACAGUAUGAGGAAAUAUGAUUUAAUGUUAAUCGUGUUGAAAAGUUUAUAGUUUCUAAAGAGACAGCAUGCUUUCCUACCAAGGAAGCAUGACGUCACAAAGAUCACGUGACUAACACAUGGGUGAGUUCUGGAUGCUAGGACGUCACAUCUCAUUAGAUACUGUUUAUUUUUCAACAAUGGUCUACGUGUAAAAACCAUUCCAGCCACGAAAAAAGGCAUUUUAUGUGCAUGUCCACAGAGAAAAACCUUUGUAUCAAAGUUUAAGGUUAUU